GCCAGUGUUUACAACAUUGACAAAUUUCAUGGUAUUUUGAGGAAAUUUAAUUCCUGAAUUUUAUGGACUGUAAAUAUGACCGAAAAAUUCAUUUUCAAUGUGAUUUAUUGUUAAAGAUUAUGUAGUUUAAAUUGUGACAUUAGAUUUCGAGUUUAUAAAGUAAAGUAAUUUGAUGGAGAAUAGUUAGGACGGCACGACUCCUGGUGUUUCUUCACUAUUCAUGCUACCUAGUCCUGUUUUGCUUGAGUGAUUAUGGUUCCUACGAUGCGUGACGAUUGUGUUUUCACUCAUGAUAAGCCUAUGUACGCUGCGUGAGUGAAUCACAUAUGAAAUUUUGUGGUACUUAAAAAAGGUCGCGCUUCAGAUUGACCGUCGUCACAGUGAGUUUUGUCGGCAUCGUACAAUAACUCACCUCCUCCACAUCAAUAUGGCGGAUGUCACAUUUAAUCAUAAACAGCUGAUAGGGGAAACCAACAACAGAAAUGUGUUUACUGAAAAGUCUGAUGAAAUUGACAGCUGUAAAACUACUGAUAUUUUUCAACCUCUAGAAGCACCCUCUAAAAAUGGAGUAAAUGGGGAUGAUGAUACAACAGCGUCUAACAGACCAAUAGAUUUUGAUGCAAAAGGGCUUAAAGUUAAAGAAAUUGUUUCUUUAAAAAAGGAUUUAACCUCACAUUCUCAAGACAAUCAAAUUAAGGUUGCUGAAGUUUCAGAAAAUGAACAAAAUAAUUCUGAAGCGAUACCAUCAUUCUCUUUCAGUCAGAAGGAUGUAUUAAGUAAUAGCAAUCAAUCUAACAAAGAAUCAGGAUCAAUUAAAAUUAGGAGGAAUACUAAUGAAAUUAAUGCACCCGUGCAAAAAGUUUGUUGGCACAGUGGUAACAGUGUUACUAAAAACAGUUCUGGAUGCCUCCCAACAUCAUAUGGAGAUGGGGACAUUGCUCUUCAAGAGUUUUUGCCAUUUGACACAGAAAAUACAGAAGCAAGGAAAACUUCAGAGAAAGCUAAAGAGGUUUAUUGGGAGUGCAGCAAUUGUGCAAGUCCAAGCACAGUUUCUCCCUCAAUGUCUUUUGAGGAUGAUGAAGAUUUUGAAGAUGCAGAGCUGCCGAUUUUCUUUAUUGAUUCCAGAGAGCGAUUAUUUAUAGAUGACUGGGACUCAGAGUUGAGCAGCAACAACAGUCAUAACAUAGAUGAUGAAUGGAUAGAUGCCAACAGCAUGUAUGACAACCUAGACAACAAAUAUGAAGAGAUGAGACAGAAGAGAAGCCAAGAAGCUCCUCCCUUGUAUCCUCACCGAGCUCUUUUAUAUAUGGAAUGUACUGUUUGCCUGACAAAGUCAUAUUUAAGGCGACGAGUAUGUUGCGAUUUUCGUAUGUGCCAUGAAUGCAUGACAAUGUAUGUUUCUGUUAAAGUUAAUGAAGGCAAAGUUCAAAUAGAAUGCCCUAAUGAUAGAUGCAACGUCCUAGUACACAAGGAUGAAGUGAAUGAACGUCUUCCGAAUGAGAUGAAAGAAAAGUUUGCAAAAUUCCUGAUCGAUGCCAAUGCUGAUCCUUGUCAAAAGACCUGCCCUGAUUGUAGUAAAACCUUUACUAUUGAACCUGAAGUUUUGUCCAACAAGAAGAAGCUAAAGAAAGGCCUUAGAGUUAUCUGUCCACAAUGUUAUCUGGGAUGGUGUUUCCUUUGUCAUGCACCAUUUCAUUCCGGUGUGAGUUGCAAGCAGUACAGGAAAGGUGACAAGAUGGUGAAGAAAUGGGCUAAAGAACGUAGUUAUGGUCAAAGUAAUGCACAGAAAUGUCCCAAAUGUGGUGUGAGUAUCUCAAUACAUAAAAAAAUAAUGCAUUUAGAUAAACGUUUCAUUUAGAUAAACGUUGCAUUUAGAUAAAUGUUGCAUUAAGAUAAAUGUUGUAUUUAGAUAAAUGUUGCAUUUCAGUUUUAAAAUUUGAAAACAUUUCAUUUAAGAUUAAAAUAGAUACUAAUAGAGUAUAUACUAAUAAAACAGAUACAAAUAAUGGUUGCUUUUUCAGAUAUUAUUGGUCAAUGAAUAAUUUUUGUUCACUUGCAGCAUUAUGUAAAUGUCAAAAAUUAAAUAUUGUCAUUGACAAAUAAGUGCUUAAUAGGCUAGGUGCAAGUUUUUCAGCCAUAAGCAAGAAAUCAAUUCCUCAUACCAUAAUCUCAUUUAGCUGAAGAGUGUAAAACCCAACAGAGCAAUCCACAGUAAAUAUUUAAGGGAGCCUCAAGCGUAACCUUCAAAUUGUAGCUACUUUCAGUUUCAGAAAAUAUACAUUCUAGCAAUACAUGAUUCUAUAGCUAGCAAUACAUGAUUCUAUAGAUUUAAUUUAAUUUAAAAUGUCCACAAAAUAUAUACAUCUCACUAAUUUUUUGUGUGUACCGGUACAUGUUUUUGUUUAAGAGUUUUGCACAUUUUAUUAACUUGGGCUGCUUAUUGCCGGUGUUCAUCUUUAUCUUUUUGUUUAUGGGUUUGCCAUUUUUGUGCCACAGAUCUACAUUCAAAGAGUCCAUGGGUGUGAUCACAUGAAGUGCACUAAAUGCCACACAGAUUUCUGUUACCGUUGUGGAGACAGAUAUAUAAGCAUCAAGUUGCUAGGCAACCACUGGAGCCGAUUCUCUCCAUUUGGCUGCAAGUAUAGAUUGAUGCCCAAGAGGCCUGGCCUGCGAAGGUUUAUACGAGGAGCAAACUUUGGUGGGUUUUCUUAUUUUAAAAUACACCAAUAUUUUUUUAAAAUAUUGUAUACAUGGGAUCAUUAGCAAAAUAUAAAACAAAGAUUCAUUUAAUGAAUAAUCCUACUUAUCAACCAGAACUCAAUACUGGAAACACUGAUGAUAAAAACAUUUGUUUUCUGUUUUAAAGCUGCACGUCUGGUGGCUGGAAUGGUUCUAGCUGGACUUGGGCUAGCUGCUGGCGCAGUCCUCGUAGGAGCCAGUGUUUUCAUUGUCCCUGGCUAUGGAAUAUUCAUGUUGAAACAACAUCUGUGGCGCAAGAAGCAGCUCAAGAAGUUCACCAAGCAGAAGAUGAUGAUGAUUGCAUUAGCUGAAGGAGAGCGGGCGGAGAAAGAAAGGGACCUUUUUACACACCGUAAGUGGUCUUUUGGGACACACAGUAAAGGGUUACUUUUCUUCUCUUCUCCUAUAUUUUGAGGGUCCACGAUCUAUGUAUUGAUCAUUCUGGUUCCUAUGUCUGUAGAGGGGUUCACGAUGUAACUGUGCAUGGUUUUGAAGAGGAUACUUCACUGGUUGCAAAGGCUACUCAGUGGUGGUAUUAAGAACUAGGUGUUGGAAGACAGGAGGCAAUAGAUGCAAACGUGUCAAGUGUAGUCGCCUCAACUGUUCCUUUGGAAGCUUGUUACAGUCCCUGAUUGUCUUUGGCAGGAAUUAGGAGUUCUUGUACACAGUUCUUGUUUUUAUGAGCCGGAGCUGCCUGUCAUGGCCUUGUCGCUGUCAAGGUUGGGGGAGGUACAAGUUUCUGGAGCAGUGGGCCAGCCCAUUUUUUAUCAUGUACAUCAUGAAUAGUCAUUGUGGUUCCUCCACUGGUGAUCAGUCCAGUUUAUCCAGCAUGCUACCAACACUUGAGGUGUUUCUGUAGUGUUUUAGGACAAAUGAACUAAUGAAUUUGAAAAUUCAUUGAACCCAGCCUAAAGUCUUCAUGAGAAAGACAUUUUAAAUAUUACUUGUCUGUGUGAAUGAUAUAUUUUACAUUUCUUUUUUUUUUAAUGAUAAUAUAUUUAUUACUUUUUGUUUUUUCAGUAAUCAAAUAUAAAAAUAUUUAGGAUAAAUUUAAUAAUAAAAUAAUUGAAGUUGAUUAAAACAAUAUUUAUGUCAUUUUAUUUUUGCGUUGAAUAUAUCAGCUUUUUGGUGGGUUUAGAAAUUUAAAAGUAUAUUUUUGUUGUAAGUUCAAUCCAUGUGUUCCACAAAUAAAAUCAUGCAGUGAUUUAAAAGUUUGAGGCAAUUACACACUAUUUUUUUCUCCAGGGGUAAUUCAAAAUAAUCAAGGAACAUCCAGUGUAUAUGAACAGAUGGCUGUAGAAAAUGGUGAAGACUCAAAGCAGGUCAGGGUCAUAGUUCACAGGUCACUCAGCUUCAACCCAGAGGAGUCAAAGGAUGUCACCAAUAAUGUCUAUGUCAACAAGUACACUGCUGAUGGCACUGAAGUAACAAUCUCCAGAGUGGGCGGGGAGAGUUCUGAUGGUGUUGUUGUUGUUGCUGAUGUAUCAGGAGUGCAAAAUGCUGGAGGAUACCUGACUGUCGUGGCUAAUGUCAUUUCAAAAGUUAGUCAGGCCACUGACACUAAUCACAGGGAGACGGAUCAGAACGUCAAUUUACCAACUGCUGAACUUUCAGGGAAGGGUUCCACAGAAAGUUUUGGUAACACUGGGACAGAGACUUUGAAGGAAGGACUGGAGAAAAAUAUUCCUGACACCACUGACAGCAUUACUUUAAGGAAAGAUAGGUCUGACGCCACUAUAGAGUCUAGCUCGGCAAACAGUGAUCACCAGGAUUCAGGGUUUGAUGAGAAAGAAUUCGAUGUGUAUCCUUGUGAAGACAUACCAGGAGAGAACUUUCAGCAAGUAAUGGAACAAAGAACAGACCAGGACAGUCAAAUUGUAGGAUUGGCUCCACUAGGGCAUGAUCCCAACAAACUUGACCAUUUCCAAUGCAAACUGAAAGGUGAUACAGACAGUGUGGAAGGCGAUAACAAUGGUUGUUUUGGAAAUAUCUUUUCUAAGCGGAUUCAGACUUCACCAAUGACAUCCGAAGAGCUGACUUGUAAAAGCCCAAUGCCCAAUUUGCCAAAGAAAUUCUUGAGCAUAAGGGCAGCUACUUGGGAGAAGUGCCACUGUGAUAAAAUGCAGUCGCUGCUAAGGUUGUCUGCCUUGGAUCAGAAAGUAGAGAAAAAUAUUUCAAGAUCACCAACAUCGGUGACUGUACAAAGGGAAACAACCAGCCACACCCCAAGCCUGGUCAGCUCUGUCAGUGCUCACCAGCUCUCUGUCGGAGAAUUAACAUUAGACCUCAACCGCGGCAACAGCACAUGCAUGAAAGAUGUGCUGGGUGAAAAUGUAAACAUUGAAAUUGAUAGAGGCAACGACAGCCCCAUAGAGGUAAAACAUGUAGAUUGUGUCGUCCAAUGUUCUUCAGGUCACCCAGCUCAAGGGUCAGUCCCAGCAUCUUCUAAUCAGCUUAGCCUAGAGCAGAAGCUCUCAGAAUCUUUCUCUGAUGACCAUCCUGUUUCUCAUCAUGGACUGGUCACUUAUCUUUAAUCCCAUUGCUCCUCUUUCAAACCUCACCCCCUCGUAGCCUUUAACACAUAUGCUCUUAGACUUUAUCUGCUCCUGCAACCUGUUUACUUGUGAACCACUAGUACUUUAGUGAUUUCUUGUGUAUAUAUCAGACCUGUUUACUCUUACGAUUUUUGCGUACAAUGUACGAUUAUGAGGUGUAUACUUUAUACAACAUACUGUAUGAUUAUUUUUUUACUAUUAGAUUGAUAAUGUAUUGAAAGAUUUUGUGAUGAUAUUGUACGAUUUUAAGAGUUUGAGGGUAAACAGGUCUGACAUAUAAUUUCAUUUGCACAUAAUAGUUAUUGAAUUAACAUAUAUUUUAGAGGCCGGAUUUAAAAGAUAGUCUGGCAAAACCUUUCCAUAGUCUGCUAUCUAAAAUAUUAUCGCAGUAACAUUUUUUGUUAAAGAAGUUUGGAAUCUGAAAUUACUAUGUAUAUAGAAAUAGACGCGACAUUCAGCCACUGUCAGCUUAAGAUCGUCUGCAGUGACCUACUUUCUCAAUUUUUCUAAUGUCCACUGGCCUCAGAAUUAAUAGAAUCACUUUAGACAAUCUGCUUCAUUUUAAAAUACUUCACACAGGUUUUAGACUUACAAUUCAAAGUAGAUUAUAUAAAAAAUUUCAAAUUGAUCCAUUUGUCUUAUUUCUGUUAGAGAUUACAAUAGUUCACUCCCAUCAUUGCCCAUAUUUCUGUUAGAGAUUACAAUAGUUCACUCCCAUCAUUGCCCACCUCAAUCCCUCAGUAAAAUGCUGACAUUGGUCACGGUUAUUUUUAAAUCAUUCAUCUUAACAUCGCUUUUGUUCAUGUGUUUCUGGCUGGCAAAAUCUACAGAUGGCUAAUGAAGCCACUUCAGUCAACCUUUCAAGCUGAAACUUGGCAUAUAGACUCAUUGCAGAUGAAAACAAAUUCUUUCAAAUUUUCAGCCCCACAUCCCAACCCACAAAAAUAAGUUUUUCCUGUUUUUCAAGGAGAAGAUAAAGGAAACAUGAUGAGACUGAUUUUACGAAAUAAAAUUCCCGAUAACUGCAUUAAAUGAGAUUCUUUUUAAAAAAAAUAUCGCAAAUGCAUUGGUGUGUAAUAUUUUCUUUUUUUUUUCUUCUGAAAAGGUGAAAUAAAUCUAUAGUGUUAAAGUGAGUGGUACAAUAGAAUAUAAAAUAAAAUAAUUAAAAAUGGAUAUAAAGGAUUUAAACUAAAACUUUAUUAGGGGUUGUUUAGUUUCAUUAGCCAUGUUAAAAAUAUUUUUAAAAGCGCAGUUUUAUUGUUCUGCAUGUGUUUUGUUUGUUUUUUUAACAUGAAGAUGGGUUUAGUUCAAUCAUAAAAACUGUUUUGUACUGAGGUACAUUUAGUAAAAUACAUAGAGCAAACAAAUUCACCCAAAUUUAUCAACAUGCGUUUUUAAGCUGAAACAAUUUAAGACACUGUAAAAUAAAAAAUUGUAGUUCUAUUACUGUAGUUUGGAAUGAGGGAUGGAACUGUUGAAAACAGCCCAAGUUAUUUAACAAUGCAAAUUACUGUUACCAAAAAAUUGUUUUUAGUGCCUGUUAAUUUCACGAGUAUUGUCAAUGAUUUUCAAAAUUGUAUUCUUUUCUGACAUAUAUUUUUGACAUUUAUAAUGUUAUUUUACAG